UGGAACCAUGUGUCUUUAUUUUGAGUGCAUGUUACGAUUAGCUCACUGGUUGUUACAAUGGACUCGAGGAACACACAUACCAUAACAAUAUUUUAAAUAUUUGACAGCUCGUGGAAACUAAUACAUACGGUAAUCGGUUGGUUGAAGUAACGUAUACCCUACUGUUAAAUAGACAUUUGUGCAAGAUCUGCCAAAAUGUCGGCAAUCUAUUCUUUUCACGAACAACUCGUUUCUAUCAUGGACGCUUUAUCAAAAACAGCUGUUUCAGAAAUAAGCAAACUGGUCGACAUCGAAUCUAAGGUUUUAAAAUUAGAAAUCACUCGGGGUCGCAAUGAAAUCGCAGUACUCACAGAGAAACUGCAGUUGAUGGAGAGUUUGAUUUGGAUCGGCCGUGGGCACCGGCAGGAUGGAACAACAGACUCGCGCACGAAAACGCCAACAAGGGCAAGAGAAGGCUCAGUAAACGGUUCUUUUGGAAGACCUCUGCCCGAGCUUUCAGUACCUGCCAUCAAAAGUGAGAGUUCUUGGGAAAACAUUUGCCCUCCCCAAGAUUCACAAGGCAUCCAAAGGGCUGAAGAUGGUUCUCGUGUUCUGGAAACGGUGUGGGCUGGAUUCAAACUCAUGCUGCAGCAGUACUUGUGCACUGGAGGCAGUGGUUUAGACCGCUGGACCAACCUUGACCACACAGCGCCUACUGCCGUGAUGAGAGACCAGCCUGAGCUGAUUGUGAUCAAGGAGGAGGCUUCAUUGGUGGAUAUAUGGGACGGUGGGCCAAAGACAGAGCUCAUGAAUAAAAAAGGAGCAGCAAAAUCAGUUGAAACAGAUGCCGGAUGUCUCAAUGGGCUUCAGCAUUGUCCAGAUGACUCAGACAAUCAACCCACGCAUGCUGAGAGCCAAGUGAACCAUAGCAAUCUGGCCUCAUCCAUAGUGCAACUGGAGGGCCUGGACACACAAUGGACGCCGCCUGCAUGUUCACAGAGCGAAAAUGCACAGCAGGUAACAUCUGCUGCACAGACAAACUAUGCAACUGGAAACAGCUGUGGUGGUAUAACGAACUUCUCUCCUCAGAGCUCCAGUGUAGCAAAGUUAAAUAUGAAGAUACACAGCCUAAGAACGUCAGGCACUAAAAGGUUUGGCUGCAUGCAAUGUGGCAAGAGUUUCAGGUGCUACAGUCAGCUGGAAAUACACCAACGAAGUCACACAGGAGAGAAACCCUACCGGUGCCAAUUAUGUGGAAAGAGAUAUGCACAGAAAGGACAUCUUUAUACCCACCAACGCACGCAUACUGGAGAGAAGCCGUACCGUUGCCUCGACUGUGGGAAGAGCUUCAUUCAGAAAUGCACUCUUGAUAUGCACAAACGUACCCACACUGGAGAGAAACCUUACGUUUGUAUGAAAUGUGGGAAGGGGUUCACUAAGAACUGUAAUCUUAAGAAACACAUGGGUGUUCAUACUGAGUUUAGCAUGCAUUUCAGUAGAGAGUCCAGGGGCCCAGUUUACAAGAGUACAGAGGGACAACAUUGAAACAUUUUUUUAAUAAUACAUUAAUAGUUCCAAUCAUACGCUAAGCACCUCUGCGGUGGAUUUGCUCAACUUCAGUCCUUCACGUUUUCCUUAUAGAAUGUCUGUAUUCUCUGGAAUAAUAAAGAUUCUUUUUCAAAAUUUACUAGGCUAUUGUUUUGCAUACCUUUUAACCACCAAACAAAAUAGGUUUGUAGGAUGAAUAAGAUUGAAAUCGUGACUGGAAGUAAAAUCCGAUUGCCAGGAGGUUGUAACUAUCUUGUUUGGAUUAGCUCAAAUUAUGUUGUACUUAUCAAUUGAGCUUUACGGUAAUAUGUCCCACAAUUCCACGCGGUAAUGUUUAGACAGAGACGGAACAAUCGAGACAUCCCACUCUCUCCUUUUCAUUGUUUCAGUGAAAGUCGAAUUCACCCCUGCUCUCGCGUCGGUGUCUUGGGCAGAUCCAACACUUAAGCAGACCGGAACGUACCUUCUGGGGAUUCAAGCCCUUUAUUAACCAUCUUUGUUUGUGUACCAUCUUGACUUUAGGUUCAUGAGCUGCGCAUGCUCGUUGCAGAGCGAGGGGUCUUAUUUCAGCCAGCCACCAAAUGUCUAUUAUUAUUCAGUUUUAUUAAUAUCGCUAGCAGAUUAUAUACUGGACUUGUAGUUUCUUUACAAAUACGAAAAAAUGAAUACGAUGAUGAAUCGGGGAAGUUUUCAGACCCAGUUAGCUUCCAUUAUGGAAAUGCUAAGCAAAUCUGCCGUGGUUGAAAUCGGUAAACUUGUCGACGAGUGCUCGGCCGUGCUCCGUUCGGAGAUAUCCCAACACAUGAAUGAGAAUGAGGCACUGAAGAAGAAAUGUUAUAUGCUGGAGAUUGAAUUAAAGACAGUAAAAUUGCUGGAGCGUAAAAAGGUAAUCGCAAACCGUCGUCAGAAUGGAGUUCAGGUCUCGGGACAAGUAUUUACGCAUAGCGCUACAGAGAAUCGAGAGAAGCAGUCUGCUCCGGCCAUAGAAGGUGUCUUUGGGAAGGACUGGUGCAUGGAUCUGUGGAGAGAAGGAGAGUCCAUCCCUCAACAUAAAGAGACAAUGGGAUCGGCCAUCUUGGGUGAUGAUGAGGUCACUCAGGCAAUAGACUUGGUGGACAAUGAGCCUGAGUUGGUCUUUGUCAAGGAAGAGAUGUUUGAGGAUCGACCAGUGGACCAGCUGAGGGGACAUACAAGCAACAGAAAAAGGAGUGUAGCUAUUGAGGACAGACCAGCAGGGGAGAGGGCAGCCGCCAGUGAACUUCACCUGUAUCAAGGGGACUUGAACACGUACCCUUCCAUGCCCGGCCCUGCAGGCAGCCUUCAGAUCCAGCCAGACACACAGCAACCCACGUCGAUUGAUAGCCUCAUGGAAGACCCUGCUCUGGCCAGUCUGGUUGACAACACAGCAGAGGUUUCCGGCCCAGAGACAGCCGAGGGAAUGUACAUGGACUAUCCCACCCGCAGUUUCAACACAACGAGCACGCAGAGAAACCGGCCUAACCAGCAACACCAACACCAGGGAAAUGGGAAAGACCAGAAACAGCAGUUUGACUGUCUCUUUUGCGGGAAGAGCUUUGGUUAUCUGAGUUACCUGAAAGUCCACAUCAGACGGCACUCGGGAGAGAAACCAUUUGGCUGCACAGUCUGCGGGAAGCGCUUCGCUCAGAAAACCUACCUGAAGCUGCACCAGCGGACACACUCUGGGGAGAAACCCUACAGCUGCACAGAGUGUGGGAAGAGUUUCUCCCAGAAGAGCUCGCUGAAUGUCCACCUCCGGAGUCACACUGGGGAGAAGCCCUACAGCUGCGUUGACUGUGGAAAGAGCUACACAUAUAAACAUGGUUUUAACACACAUCAGUGUUUCAGUUAAAGGGAUACGAGGACAUUUUAUAUGGGAUCUUAUUUUAAAAUCUUUUAAACAUUUCAACCUCAUUUCAAACUGGCAACUGAAACAUCUUACGCGUUAUUGUAGUCAAAUCAGUUUCUCUGCCGGAUAGGUCUCAGCAGGAUCCAGAUCUCCAUUCCGUUUCACCAUACCAGGUUAUACAGUAUUACUGACCAUACACAGCACCAUUUUUUCUUCUGUGUAAACAAAUGCUAACAAAGUACUCAUGAAAGUCCAAGCUACCUGAAUACUAACAAAGUACUCAUACAUUUCCACACCAGUUAAAUGCUAAAAAGUUGUAUUUUUUUUAUCUAGCUAGUGUGGAAAUGUAUGUAAAGUGUCCAUAUUUAGUAUAUGAAUAUCAUGGUUACCGUUUUUUGCGGAUCAGUUUUGGCAUGUCACUUUUGCAACCAGUGGCCAAAAAUCCCAGUAUGCAUCUUUCAGUCCCCUUUGUGAUUGUCUACAUUUAAAAAUAUAUAUUUUUAACAAUGGAUGUUAUCAGAUCUUCAAUCAAUAUAUAAUACCAAAUAAAGGGGACCCGAGGUAACAGCAAUUCAAUGUGGUCAUUGCGAAAUCCCAAACACGUCACAUCAACUGCCAGGCACAGUGGUGGCAGUGUGAUGUUGUGGCGAUGCUUUGUUCCCUCAAGCUAGAUGACUUAUUGAAGGAACCAUAAAUGCUGCUCUGUAUCCCAGAAUUCUUCGUCAGGCCACCUGUAAGCAGAAGUUGAAGCACUCUUGGGUCAUGCAGAAAGACCGAUCGUGAACACUCAAGCAAGUCUAUUUGAGAAUUGAUUGAAAUAUACGUUUGAACUUUUAGGAAUGGCCAUAUCCAAACCCAAUUGAGAUGUCAUGGCGGGGCUUGAUACACAGUUCAGAUGCGCCAAACACAAAUCUUGCAUAGUUAAAGAUGCAGUCCAUGAUUUUUGGCCACUGGUUGUAAAAAUUGAGGCAAAAUGGACCAUUCAAAAUCACCAAGGACCAUAUCAUCAAACAUAGAAUUUGAUAGCUAAUUGAAAUUUGGUUGUGAUAUCUACAUACAGUGUUAUUACAUCCAGCCCAAAAUGGAAAUGAUAGGUUUUUAUGUGAUAUGUUCACUUAAGUUCUAUAUUUAUUAUUAUGGUCGGUCUUAACAUUGUAGAUCAAAAAGGGGCAAACACAAGGACAAUUAAACGUUUGUUAACAAAAUUAAAAUACCCAGGUAUGCGUUAUACCAGAACAAGCCUACUAUUGUAACAACAUAGCUACUUACCCGAACACUUCAUGAGCAUCAGGUCCAAUGUUUAGUUCUACCCUUUUCAACAUAAACCAUUUAUUUUAUUUGUGCAGUUCACAAGUUACAAUAAAUACACGCGUCAGCCAUCAAGUCAAACCUCAGAAAUCUCAAGCUUGGACGUUGCUGACGGACGCCAUGCAAGCUUAUACAGAUUAUUUUCUUUUUUUAAGUUAGCGUUCCCUCAGUGGCUGUACUGUAGCAGGGUCGUAACAAACACGAACCAGACGUUACUCUUCACUAGCUGGGAGAGGACAGUUUCAUGAGUGUUCCCCCCAGAGGAUUGCACACACAGACCUGGCUUUCUUGUCCCUCAAUUGGCAAGUGACUGGCCCCACUGUUAGGUUGAACGCAGAUGAGUGAAAUUCUCUUAUUGAUGCAUUCACUCUGAAGACUUGAUACUGUUUCUGCGUGCUAAACAGUGGUUUUCCUGUUACCAGAUGUUAUUUGUGCUACUGUGAAGAGUGGUAGAUGCAGAUAAUUUGAAUGUGUGCCAAUUGUUAUUUUUAAUUAUUUUAAUGGAUUCACACAAUUAGUACUAAAUUGUUUACUUAUUUAUACUCACAUGAAUUUUGUAUUCUUCAAUAUGUUAAUGCGUCCACAGAAUCAGACGGUCGUUAGGAUAUACUUAUACUGUACUUUUAAUGCUGUUUCAAUAAUGAAAACAAAAUAAAGUUUACAGCAGCAGAG